UUGAUAAAUUAACCGAUAGUUUAAUUCGAGAUCGUAUUGUCAUGGGAAUCACAGACAGAAAUUUGAAAGACACUCUCCUAAGAAUACCAAAGUUAGAUCUACAAACAGCAAUAAAUACGUGCAAAGCAGCAGAGCAAUCACAAAAUCAAUUGGAAAAAAUCUGUUCAUCCCAGGAAUUGAAUGAAAUGUCCAGAAGAAAAUUUAAGAUGAAUAGAAUUCAACAAACUGAAAACUAUAAAAGGCCAACAACAUCAAGACCACAAGAGCAUCCAAUUCAAUCGUAUCAACAAAAUCAUGCAGGUCAGAAGAAACUAUCAAUCAACAAGAACCAACUUCAAUUUCAUCGCCAAUGUCAACGAUGUGGUCUACAACAUCAACGUGGGAAAUGUCCAGCAUAUAAAGCUAAGUGUAACAAGUGUCAUAAACUAAAUCAUUUUUCGAAAAUGUGUAAAUCUAAAAAUAUCAGUCUUUUAGAGAACAAUACUCCAGAAGAUGAAUUUUUUCUAGGUUCUUUAGAAAUAUCUCAUAUUGCAGAUGAAACUGAGUGGUAUCGGAUGUUUGAAAGAUGAGUAUCACAUAGACGUUGACCCAAAUAUAACUCCAAUAAUUCAACCACCGCGAAAAAUUCCAUUCAAUCUUCACGAAAAACUGAAACAAAAACUUCAAGACUUAGAAGACGAAAAUAUUAUAGAGAAAUUAUCGGA